AUGGAGCGCAAGAUUGUGAGCCAGAAUGCCCAUAUGCCCAUAUUCCCCCAAUCCAACCUCCACCUCAACAUCCUCAUGGGCCGCGACGAGACGCUCGAAUGCACCGGCUUCAUGACACCAGAGGAGAUGAGCCAGUCACUGGGUAUCUAA